GUCAACAAACCAUUGUCAAUAACAGACGCCUUCUUUCAGCCUUUGACGACUUUAUUUCCGCCCUUCCCGUGUCUAACCUGUGGCUUCAGGCUCGGCCCUUUCCAUAUAUCGUGUCUCGGGUUCCCGUCGCCUUUCCCCUCACCACCUUUUUCACCCACACCUUUGAACCAGGACAAAUCGACACCUUGGAAUCUCGCCCGUCUCGCCACAAUGGAAGACCGGAGGCCCAACCUCACUCUCCCGCUCCCCAUUCGGGAACCAUAUGAGUUUCAACGUCCCCAGACUUCACUCCGGAGCCCUUCAAUACGCAGUCCCCGGUUCCGUGAGGACUUCGACGCUCCCUUCUCGGAGGCCAUUAUGAACGCUUCUAGGACAACGCUCGCCACCGAUACCAUCAGCUACCCGUCUACCGGAACCAACAGCCGAACUAGCAUUGGAGAUAGCGAGCGUCCGUCCCCUCUUCGACUUACCCAUCGCAAUGCUUCCUGGGAGUCGGAGACCAAACGACGAGCAAGAGUCAACGACCGCAUCCUGGAGUGGGCCAAGAGAUCGUGGGGCGCCGUGCGAAGCCGCUCCAACUCCAACUCCAACAAAGGCGACUACUUCGACAGCCAACCCGCCGCAAGCCAAAGCAGUGUUGCCACAUCCCCAUCAGCAGACGACAUUGCUUCAACAGAGCCAGACGGCAGUCAAGCAGCUAACACGGUCACCAACACGCAAAAGUUGACAUCAGAGUCGAAGUAA